UAACACUUGUGAAUAAAUUUUAACAUUUUCUAAGAAGUGUGUGUGUCCCUGUGCCACACUUUGACCUUUAAAGCAAGUAACUGUUAUGCAUAUGCUGUUACUUCCUCUUUGGGAAGCUUAAAGUUAGGUACCCCUGCCAUUGCCCAGGGAGUAGUAGGUGGAGGAAGAGGGGAAUGGACCACACAGGUGGCUGAAAGUCCUAACUCUUUUCAGAUUUUUUUAUAAUGGGGGUGAAUAAUAAGAUGUCUUCUUUCAUUGAUUAAAUGUUGAUUAAUUACAAUCAAUGUUGAUUCAUUGAUUAAUUGUUACUUUUAUGUUUUCAUUUCAUUCAUACUUGCCAACAGUUAAUAUUUGGAGAAAACAUAUUGAAACUUGGAGAGGGGAGGAUGUGGGGUGCCUGUGAUCUCAUGGUCUGCCUUCCCUAGAGUUACUGCAACUUCAAGGUUUCAACUUGGUUUCCUGGAUGUUCCUGACACCUCCUUCCACCUUCAUCCUCCCUGAGUCAUGGCAAAUUUUGGUUUGCUGGCAUGGGUAAUCUCAUUAAGGUGCUAACCAGGGACAUAGACCACAAUGCAGCACAUUUUUUCUUGGACUUUGAAAAUGCCCAGCCUACAGAGUCUGAGAAGGAAAUUUAUAAUCAGGUGAAUGUAGUAUUAAAAGAUGCAGAAGGUAUCUUGGAAGAUUUGCAGUCAUAUAGAGGAGCUGGCCAUGAAAUACGAGAGGCGAUCCAGCAUCCAGCAGAUGAGAAGUUGCAGGAGAAGGCUUGGGGCGCGGUUGUUCCACUAGUAGGCAAAUUAAAGAAAUUUUAUGAAUUUUCUCAGAGGUUAGAAGCAGCACUAAGAGGCCUUCUGGGAGCCUUGACCAGUACCCCGUACUCUCCCACGCAGCAUCUAGAGCGAGAGCAGGCUCUUGCCAAACAGUUUGCGGAGAUUCUUCACUUCACACUCCGGUUCGACGAACUCAAGAUGACAAAUCCCGCCAUACAGAAUGAUUUCAGCUAUUACAGAAGAACAUUGAGUCGUAUGAGGAUUAAUAACGUUCCAGCAGAAGGAGAAAAUGAAGUAAAUAACGAAUUGGCAAAUCGAAUGUCUUUGUUUUAUGCUGAGGCAACCCCAAUGCUGAAAACCUUAAGUGACGCCACAACAAAAUUUGUAUCAGAGAAUAAAAAUUUACCAAUAGAAAAUACCACGGAUUGUCUAAGCACCAUGGCCAGUGUAUGCAGAGUCAUGCUUGAAACACCGGAAUACAGAAGCAGAUUUACAAAUGAAGAGACAGUGUCAUUCUGCUUGAGGGUAAUGGUGGGUGUCAUAAUACUCUAUGACCACGUACAUCCAGUGGGAGCAUUUGCCAAAACUUCAAAAAUUGAUAUGAAAGGUUGUAUCAAAGUUCUUAAGGACCAACCUCCCAAUAGCGUAGAAGGUCUUCUAAAUGCUCUCAGGUACACAACAAAACAUUUGAACGAUGAGACUACCUCCAAGCAAAUCAGAUCCAUGCUGCAAUAGCAGCCCUGGGCGGGCGCCUGCUGUGGACAGAAGACAGUAUUCUGCAGUGGCUGAGAAUGCACAGUUUUUAGUGAUUGCAAUUACUAUCUCAUGUACUCCUGCUUUUUAUUUCUUUCCUCUGUUCCUCUUCCCUCUUUUUUAAUCAUGUUCUCGUUCUCAAGACUUCUUUUCUGUGCCAAAACCAGUAAAGUUCUACUCUGAAGGGACACUGUCCUUUCGAAUGGGCCAUCUGAGGCAGCUAAUUCCGCGUUGCAUUGGGGUCUCUACUGAGAAAAAUUCUGUGACUUGAACUAAAUAUUUUUAAAUGUGGAUUUUUUUUGAAAACUAAUAUUUAAUAUUGCUUCUCCUGCAUGGCAAAACUGCCUAUUCUGCUAUUUAAAAACCGUCAACGACUUUAUUUUCUACUGCCGCUUUUUUCAUGUGCAGCCAAAAUGAAAAUGUUUAAAUUAACUGUGUUGUACAAAUGGUACCCAACACAAACUUUUUUUAAAUUAGUAAGACUUUUGUUUAAAGUUUUAAGUUUGCAUUUUGACUUUUUUUGUAAGGAUGUAUGUUGUGUGUUUAACCUUUAUUAACUAACGUUAAAAACUGUGAUGUGUGCGUAGAAUAUUACGUAUGCAUGUUCAUGUUUAAAGAAUGGCUGUUGAUGAUAAAAUAAAAAUCAGCUUUCAUUUUUCUAA